AUGGUCUCUCCCACCGCUCUGCUGAGCACUCGGUCGAUGCAACGCCACUGGCUGUUGCUCUCCUCCCACGGUGCUCGUGCAUCGACCGUUGCGCCGUCGUCUGCGGCAGCUUCAAGCCCGAUCCGUGCGACGCGACUACAGCCUUACCUAUGCCCUAGACUCUCACCCCGACCGUUGUCCUUCGUUCUUGCUCAGCCUCUCCAGUCUAGGCCAUUCUCGUCCACUCGUUCCGUCGCUCUACCUGCUUCGUCAGCCUCGAAAGAGGUCGCAACGACGUCGACGUCCGGUUCGGCUUCGUCGGAAAAGGCCGUCGCACCCAAGGAAGAUGCCCCGCCCAAGGGGACCCGCCUGCAGAGGAUCUGGGCCAGCAUCAAGAAGGAGGCCAGCCAUUAUUGGCACGGCACCAAGUUGUUGGGCAAGGAGAUUCGCAUCUCGGCGAGGAUCCAGGGCAAGCUCCUCGGCGGCAAGAAGCUCACUCGACGGGAGAGGCGUCAGGUCAGUCGAGGCCGGCGCCAUGUUACGACGGUCUACACUUCUUUCAUGUUGCUAAACACAUCUUGUGCACUUCCCACAGCUCAAACGCACGACCCAAGAUUUGCUGCGCCUGAUCCCCUUUUCCGUGUUCCUGAUCGUCCCCUUCAUGGAACUGCUCCUGCCCGUCGCACUCAAGCUCUUCCCCAACAUGCUCCCAUCCACAUUCACCGACAAGUUCAAGGAGGUACGUUACGCUGUGCACUCACAUCCGGAAAGGUCCCCCGAGAAGGUGCCUGCUGACCGAGGUCCUCUCUUUGCUUCCCCUCCGACCGCACGUGCGCCGACGGUCUCCCAUUCUUCGUGCUCAUCAGGACGAGAAGAAGCGCAAGUUGCUUAAAGUUCGACUGGAAAUGGCCAAGUUCUUGCAAGAGACGAUCCGAGAGACCGGUGUCAAGAGUGCCGACAAGAUCAAGGAGUCCGAAACGUUCAAGGAGUUCUUCCGCAAGGUACGCGAAGAUACUUCAACCACCAAAAGGCGAUGGGGGCAUGCUCACUGAUUCGGAGGGAUUCCUGUGGCACAGGUUCGAAGUACCGGUGAAUCACCUACCACGGACGAAGUCGUCAAGGUCGCAGAGCUCUUCGAGGACGACCUCACGCUCGACAACUUGUCCAGGCCUCAACUUGUUUCCAUGUGCCGGUGCGUCUGUGCCUAUCCUGCCUACAUGGUAUCUCAAAAUGAUUUAACAAUGUGUGGGAGCGUGGUCACAGCUAUAUGAACAUCAACGCCUUCGGGACCGACAACUUUUUGCGAUACACGAUCCGAUCGCGCAUGCGUCAAAUCAAGGAAGACGACACGGUCAGUCCAGGUAUCAUAUUCGUGACAGUGGCCUUAGUACUGAGGUUUGCUUGAAAUCAGUCCAUCGCGGCCGAAGGUAUCUCUGUCCUCUCGUUCUCGGAAUUGCAACACGCGUGCCAAUCCCGCGGUAUCCGAACCAUCGGCGUCAGCGAAGAGCACCUUCGCUCCGAGUUGAGCCAAUGGGUCGAUCUACACGUCAAUCGCGGUCUCUCCGGCACGCUCCUGAUCCUGUCCAAAGCGUUCGCCUUCAACCGCGGUAUCCGCGAGACCGCUGGCGUCGACAAGGACGCCGAGGCCGAUGAGAUCAUGCGCUCACUCAAGGACACGCUCGCGAGUUUGCCCGACAACUUGCUCAACGAGGCCGAAUUGGAGGUCUCGAGCGAUUCGGCGUCGUAUAAGCAACGGUUGGAGGUACUGCAACAACAAGAGGAGCUGAUCGAGGAUGAGGAGGAGCAGGAAACGAAGGAGACGGAGGCGAGGAAGUUGAAGAAGGAGGCCGAGGAGGCGGCCAAGGAGCAGGCCAAGCAAGAAGAGGCAGAGAGAAAGAGGCUCGAGGCUGAGGGGAAGGAGAAGGUCAAGAUUGGCGAGGAGAAGGAGCAAGCGAGUGACAUGUUGCCGCAGGGCGAGGUCGAAGCUGCGACCAAGGCCGAUGCGGAACACCUCGUGACGGAGCCAGAGGUCGAGGUGACGAAUCCCGAAGACGUGAGGAUGACGAGCGAGCAGGUUACCGAGUUGGGCCAGGCACUCGAGAUCUUGUCGGCGAAGUCGUCAGUCAUGAAGGAACGCGAAGAGUUGAAGAAAUUGGUCGAGGAGAACAAGCAGGCCGAAGCCGAUGGGGCCAAGCCGAACCCACUCGCCAAGAGGCUCAAGGGUGUCCUCGCCAAGAUCGACCAACAACUCGAGGCGUUCGACAACGAGGUCGGCUCGAGGCUCAACAUGUUCGAGGCUGAUUACGAGGGCAAGAUCGCGGUUAAGGAUCUGCGCAAGGCUUUGGAGGUCAUUGCGCAUCGACCGACGGACGAGGCGAUCGAGAUCCUCCUCAAGAAGCUCGACGUUGAUGAGGAUCGAUUCGUUCCGAUUGAUGAGAUUGUCGCGCUGAGUGAAGGGGAAGGGUUGGGUAUCGUGGUCAGUGAGGACACGGCGGCGAGCGAGUUGAAGAGUGAUGCCAGUGCUGCACGAAGCGAAGCUCGGGACUGGAGGAGCCAGCCGGCUGCAUCGACAACGGAUGCUUCGUCUUCGUCCUCGAAGGAUGCCUCGAGCGGAGCAAGUAGUGAUUCGUCGUCUUCGUCGUCGUCGUCGUCGUCGUCGUCGUCCAAGAAGAAGGACAAGCAGCCCAAACUCAAAAAGGAGGAUGUCGUCGAAGGCUGA